AUGGCCCCCUCGCUGCACCCUCUCCUCGACGGCCCGACGCUGGCCAAGGGCCAGGCCGACUUUGCUGGCGGCGUGCUGCGCUGCCACUGUGCCGCCAAGCCGGUCGAGGUGACGCUGGGCGCCAACGUCGCCCACAACCACGCCUGCGGCUGCUCCAAGUGCUGGAAGCCCAAGGGUGCGCUCUUCAGCGUUGUCGGCGUCAUCGCGCGCGACAAGGUCACCGUCACGGCCAACGGCGACAAGCUCGCCGUCGUCGACCCGUCGGCCACCAUUCUGCGCCACGCCUGCAAGGACUGUGGUGUCCAUCUGUACGGCCGGAUCGAAAAGGCUCACCCGUUCCACGGCCUCGACUUUGUCCACGCCGAGCUUUCGCCCGUGACCGGCUGGCAGGAGCCGCAGUUUGCCGCCUUCGUCUCGUCCAUCAUCGAGCAGGGCUUCGCACCGGCCGGCAUCGCUGACGUGCGCGACCGCCUGCACAAGCUCGGGCUCGAGACGUACGACGCCCUCUCGCCCGGCCUCAUGGAUGCAAUCGCUACCUGGACGGCCCAGCAGUCCGGCAAGCUGCCCGCAUAG